GCCUCGACUCACUGCAGAGCAUGUCGACCACGCUCCCGCUCUUCUGGGAUCUCUCGGCCGCUUCUUCGACUGCUCGAAUCGAUGCCUCAGUGAAGCUGAUCAGUGCUCUCGAGCAUUUCCAGGCGCAACAUGUACCGAAGGACCUUGACGACGCCGGAGAGUCGCAGGAAAAGGCCAGAGUCAAGAGCGACGGCCUUGACGUUCUCAACGCGCAGGAUGUAUCCUACUCUAUCAGGCGAUUCGUUCGUGGCCUGGCUAGCCCGCGCGAGAGCAGUAGGCUGGGGUUCGCGGUGGCGUUGACGGAGUUGCUUUCCCGGAUAAACACGGUGACGUGUGCGCAAAUCGUCGCGCUCAUCCUGGAUUCAUCCAAGAACCAGGGCUCGAUGAACGGCCAGGAGAAGCGGGAUGUGCUUUUCGCCCGCCUGUUCGGGUUCACGUCCGUCAUACAGUCUGGCCUGUUAUUCCGCGAUACGCCCCUCCCUACGUCCGCCUCAUCGUCUACGCAGGCGUCCAGCCUGUCGAGCUACAAGGAUGUUCUCGCGCAGCUGCUGGCUCUCGGCGAGAAGAAGUCCUGGUUGCGGGAGAGCGCAUGGUGGGCGAUCGGCCUUGCGAUCGACGCGAUGCACGAGUCCAACGUCUCAUGGAAGGACGACGCGGUCGACGCGACCCUCCAUGCUAUCUACACCGAGAACAAGUUGUGGACUCCGGAAAAGAUGGCUGUGACGCUGAAAUUGCGUAAACGCUACCCUUCUCGGGACUGGAAGGAGUUGACUUCGCCUACCUUCAAAAACCCUGAUUUGCUGAGCACUGCGAACUUGUAUGUCGUCGCUAGGGUCCUCAAAGAGAUAAAUACGGAUGAAGACGAGGAAAAAGAUCUGCCGAAUCCUGGAGUAUGGAAGCCCCAGGUCCAUUCCGUCUGGGACAUGCUGCUUGAUGAAAUCUUGUCCGACAGCACAGCAGAGCGUACCAGAAAAGCUUCCUUCCCGGAAUUCUUCCGGAUUGUUGUGGACGAAUCGUUAUUCGCGCCCACUGCGUCCCCGCAGCGCAAAUACUGGGGCUUCCAGGUCUUCCAGAAGGCGCUACCCCGCAUCAGUGCUAAUGAAAUGCCGAUGUUGUUCACGAAGAACUUUAUGCGUUCCUGGAUCAACCAUCUGUCGAACAGCGAUAGGUACCUCCACAAGAUUGCAAGGCAGGUGGCCACCGAUAUCCAUGCUCUCGUGAAACAGAAUCCUACUGUUGGAUUCACUCUCAUUCUCCAGCUCACCGGAGUGAACGGCAGUCGCCAGUUUGACAACUUGACGAAGACCAAAACUGUGGAAUCUAUACUUGCUUCGAUGGACAACGAUGGCAUUCAGGCUUACAUCGACUUCGUGCUGAGGCAAGUCAACGAUGAGAAAGGCGCCGAAACUACCGAUGUACAAACGCUGAAUUCGCGACGCGCGUGGGUCAUCGAACAGCUGACAGCCCUGAUUCGCAACGGUGCCAUCCAGAAGAGCGAGCAGUGGGUGCAGUCGAUUCUGGACUGGUUGGUUGUCCAUGGUCUGUUCGUUAUCAAAAAGAAGUCUGAGAAGAGUGCUAUAACAGCACUGCGGAGCUCUCCAUCCCCUCCCUUCUCCGACGAGCUUCGUCGGCAAUGCCGAGAACGGCUUCUGAGCUGCCUGGCCGAGCUAACAUCGCAGCAUACGCGCAUCAAAGACGGCGAGAAGGUCUCGAAGCUGCCUGCAGUUGCGUCAGAUGGCGAGUUCUGGGUAUCUAAAGUGCUUAGUACCAUCGAGAAGCUCGAGAAGGAUUCCAAGCAUGUCACUAUUCUCACAGCGGUGGACGAGGAUGAGCAGGAGAUGCGCGUGAAAGCCCGUCAAGUUGCGGAGCAUCUGAAAACUAUCCAAGACGACAGACAGGAGGCGGCAAGGGGUGCCGAGCUGCUAUUGAUGGCUACGCUCCUUCACCAUUACUGUGCGGACGAUGAUGCCGAUCUGGAGGCUCUUGAGAGUUGCAUUGACGGUGCAUCACGCAUGUUCCCCGAAAAAAGAGCGAAGCACAAAAAGAAAUCGCGGAAGUCCUCGAGCGAAGCAGAGAACUCGACCGAAGAGAAGGCGCCCGAGCCAGUGGAUGUCCUCGUUGACACCAUUAUUAGUCUCCUGGAGAAGGCGACGGCGUACAUGCGUGCAGUUGCUAAUCAAGCCUUCUCGAUGCUUUCCGGCUCUGUGCAGGAAAGCACGAUCGAGCUCAUCCUUACCCAAUUGGAGCGUCGGGGUCCAAGCGAGUUGUUGGCGGGUGAAGAUGAGGAGAUGGAUGGUGAGGAAGGUUCUGAUAGCAGCGAAGACGAGAAAGAAGAAGAGGAGUCGCUCAAUGCAGAGAAAGAAGAGGAAGAGGAAGAGGAGGAAGGAGAUGAUGAGGAGGGCCUGGAGCUUCGGAGGAAAAUCGAAGAGGCACUGCGUGUCAAUGGGGUGGAACCCGCGACCGGCGAGACCGAUGAUGAGUCAGAUGAAGAGCUGAUGGAUGAUGAGCAGAUGCUCGCUAUCGACGAGCAGCUUGCUGCACUGUUCAAGGCGCGCACUAGCACGAAGAAGGGCAAACAUGUUGAUGCCCAACGGGAGGCCACGCAUUUCAAAAACCGGAUUCUGGAGUUGCUCGAGAUCUUCAUCAAGAAACAGCCCACAAAUCCCCUAAUCAUCCGACUGAUCCUGCCAUCAGUAAAUCUCAUCUUCGGCAGUGGUUCCGAUGAGAAGCAAUUGGCGGACAAGGCCACCGGUAUUCUGCGGUCCCGGUUAGGCAAGUCCAGGGAGGUACCGGUUGAGUUCGACAGCGAGCUAGCUGUGCAGGUACUGGAAGAAUUGCACUCGCGCGCUCGCAGGGCUCCCUCAUCGAACGUGCUUGUCACGCUCAGUCAAUGUAGCCUUUAUGUCGCGAAGCUGCUCCAUCAUGCUGGGCAGGACGAGCCGAUCAUCAAAGCGUACCGGGAGUCGCUGUCAGAUUUCGUAACUCGCAAGUCCUCCAAGCUCAAUACCAACUUCUUCUUGGACUUUGCGCGUCGGCUGACGAAUGUUGCCUGGAAUCUACGAGACAGCCUUUUGGAGGCUGGGGGAAAUGCUGUCAACGUCUACAGGCAAUGUCAAGUGUAUCAGAUCCUCUAUUCUUUGCUUAAUCAGCUUCCUGAACUUGAGGGUCGCCAAUCAGAAUUGAUUAAGUUCAUUCCGACGUUGCGCCGUUCACUGCAAGACAUCAUAUCUGGCGCGUGCGCUUCCACCCAUACGCACACUGCGGCUCAGAUCAAGGAGCUGCUAAAGCUUGUACAACUCGCCGUCCGCCAUUCGAGGAAAGUAUUAUCUACACCUGAAGAAAUCUCGGACAUCUGGGAUCCGCCUUCGUGGACCGCUUUGGCGAGCAAGCUUGCCCAUAGCGAUCGCCUCAAAGCAUCUGCCCCUCUUCAAGCGAUCUGCAAAAGCAUCGCUCGGAGUAUCGGGGAGACCACCACAAGUGUUAACGAGAAGUCCGUUGGUCGAAAUACGAUGGACGACGCAACGUCCUCCAAGCGGAAAGCCAGCGAACUCGAAGACAAGGGAGGUGAAGAAAUGACAAUUAAAAAGGCUAAACGGAAGAAGGCGAAGAAGGCAGUGUCCCAAUAGUCGUGUUCUGAUCUUGGCAGAGCACGGAAUACAUGUUGUCUGAAAUGUGUCUGAGAUGCAAGCAUGUCGCCGACGAGCGUCGUCGAGGGGCUAGUUACAUCAUGUCUUAGUCGUAGCAUCCACUGGCUGCGACACUGCAGUAUGGAAGUUUUUCUGCAAGUACGAUUGGAACCAAA